AUGCCUGCGUCUAUUGGUGUUAAUUUACGCGUAACUGGCCACUGCAGCCAAGGCGGGAGAAAGUACAUGGAAGAUUUGUUUGCCGUUGCUUAUCAACAAACUGAGGACGAAAGAGAUUUGGAAUACGCUUUUUUCGGCAUAUAUGAUGGCCAUGGUGGUAGCGAAGCUGCUGCAUUUGCAAAGGAACAUUUGAUGGACUCUAUAGUGAAACAGAGGCAGUUCUGGUCAGACAACGAUGAGGACGUACUAAAAGCAAUCAGAAAUGGUUACAUGUUGACCCACUUGAACAUGUGGAAAGAGUUAGAGAAAUGGCCAAAAACUGUAACAGGGUUACCAAGCACUGCAGGUACAACUGCAAGCAUAGCUUUCAUACGCCGUGGCAAAAUAUAUAUUGGACAUGUUGGUGAUUCAGCCAUUGUCCUUGGUUACCAAAAAGAUGGCUGUGAGGAGUGGGCUGCUAAACCAUUGACAUCGGAUCACAAACCAGAAUCCACAAAUGAAAUAGAACGCAUCCAAAGAUGUGGAGGAAAAGUUGUCGCAAAAGCAGGUGUGCCCCGUGUUGUAUGGAACAGACCACGGCUGGGGCACAAGGGACCAAUAAAGAAGAAUACUCCAAUGGAUGAGAUACCAUUUUUAGCAGUGGCGAGGUCGCUAGGUGAUCUGUGGAGUUAUAAUCCCCAAAAUGACGAAUUUAUAGUCAGUCCUGAUCCUGAUGUAGGUGUGCUGACUAUAGAUCCAUCUAAAUUUCGGUGUCUGAUUUUUGGAACUGAUGGACUGUGGAAUAUGAUAUCGUCAGAGGGUGCAGUUAGUCUAGUUCAAGCGACAGAACGGCAUAACGAGGCUGCUUUGGUAGGCGGUAACGGCAAUCAGCCGAGAGACUGGCUGAACCCUUCAAAGAGCCUAGUAGAUCAUGCUCUAGAGAGGUGGUCAAACACAAGAAUGCGAGCCGACAAUACGUCUGUAGUGACACUGAUGCUGGAUCCCCCCGGUCCACCGCGCGCCACGGUGUUGCGCUCGCGCAGUAGCGCCGUGCGCAGCGCGCCUGCAGUCCCGCCCGCGCCCGUGCCGCCCCCACAAGAGGCGCCCGCCGAGCCGGAAGCACGCCCCGUGCCGCAGAACGGGCUCACCAUCAUGACUCGCUACUCUGACACCGAACGCACCGCGCCGCCACCCGCUCCCGACGCGCCCCUUCCGCCCUGCGCCACGCUCGACACGCGCCUGCCUGCGCCACCAGGCCCGCCGGCUCCUACGGACGAUGCCGAACGUGACCCCCUCGAUACGGACUCUGAUGACGCCAUUGUCAAUUAUGGGAACCCGGCCGAGUCUUACUUCAUGGCACGCUUGCUCAACCGCACUCGUGUAAUUAAUACACUUUCGGCAGUGCACGAUGAGAUAGCCGGGGAUACUUCACCUCGCGCCCCGUCCGAGCCUCGUGAGCGACCGCCCGCACCGAUCACCGUUAUAGCGGACGCCGAGGGUGAAGGGGACGCUGCCGCCGGCGUUAGACCGCCGCUACCGCCCCGUACAUCUAUCGCGGAGCCGGUGAUCCCUGCCGUCGAGCAGGUCCGCACCGUCGCCGACGACGGUGGAAUACAAAUCAACGAAGUGUCCUCCAGCUCUCCCACUGAAGGACCGUCGCGGCCCCGAGGUCGUCGCCCGCGCACAGAUAUGCGUCGGGAACCGCCACCCGCCGCCCCAGACCGGGUGCUCCGCUCUCACUACGAGUCGGAGCCGGCCCCGCGCCCUCACACGCGCCAGGCCGCCACUCGCUCACGUCCUCCGGCUCAGUCGCCGGCGCCGCCCGUCGAUCGCGUAGUCAUACUUACGCGAAGGUCCACACCUGCGGCCGCACCGCCGCCGCCGCCUCCUCCGCCGCGAACCGACCGUACCGCGAUCGUGACGGAUCCUCGCCCGUCCACUCGUCGCGUCACUCCGGCGCCGAACGAAUCGGUCACAGUCGAGGAGGACGUAAAACGGGGCGGACCGCGUGCCACUCGUUCUCAGGGUGCGGCAGGGGUCACCCCGCUCGCUCAGAAGAUCACACGUAGUAUAGGAAUGUACGCGCGUGAGUUGCGCGGCGCUGCAGCGGCCGCUGCCGCCGCGGCCGGUGCGCGGGCGGGAAACUCGGCGCGCGCCCCGGGCCCGGCGCGGCGGGCCCCGGCGGCGCGCCGCCCCCCCGCGGACCGCUCGAAGGAGAACCUCGGCGCCGCGAGGGGCCGCGCCCGCGCCCGCGCCGCGCCCGCCGCCUCGCCCUCGCCCCCGGCGCCCCGCCCGCGCACGCGCCGCGCGGAUAGCGCCCGCGACGAGACCGAGGUGCACUCCACCACGGGCGAGCCGCUCGCUCCGCCGCCGCCCGACGCGUGCGCCGGCGCGCCCGCUCCUGCCGUGAGGCCGCGCGCCCUCCGCUCUCGCAACGACGCAGGGGAACCGGUGCGGAUGAUACGCGAGACGGGCGCCUGCAAGCGGGCUCGUUGUGGCGACGACGGGGCCGGCGGCGGCGCCAGCAAGGCCGCUCGCCUGGCCCCGGAGCGCUGCGCCCGCGCGCUCGGCAAGCGCGCGACGGGCCCGUGGGCGCCGGCCCUGGCGCUGCGCAAUCGCCUGAGGCGACGGUUGGCCAAGUAG